AUCCCACCAUCAUUCAUCCUCUCUCUCUCUCUCUCUCUCUCUCUCCCUCUCCCUCUCUCUCUCCUCUUUCCGCCAUUAUUAAUUAAUCAAUAUGAAUAUACGCAUUCAUCUUCUUCCUCUGCACCUACCUCUCUCUCUCUCUCUCUCUCUCUCAUCAAUGAAUAAAGAAAUGUGAAAGCUUUCCUUCCCAUUUCCCCUCUGGUUUUCCGCCGAAUCACCACACGGAGUGAAGAACCCCCUCUCUCUCUCUCUAUCUUAAAACCCCCAUUAUAUAAGUUCAAGUUUAACCCCUCCUCUCUCUCUCUCUCUCUCUAGUCUGCAGUCUUCUGCUGCUAAUAUCCUUUUUAGCCAUACAUUCAUCCAUUUCUUCUUCUUCUUCUUCUUCGUGUUAUCUCUGUCCUUCCUCACUCUCUCUCUCUCUCUAAGUGCCAUUUUAGUAUCUACACUUUGAUUCACACAUACAUAUAUAUAGGCAAAUGGUGGAUUGAUUGAUAAGGCCCAGAAAUUGCAAGCAAAAAAUUGAAGUUACCAAAGAGAAGAUUAUAUUAUACAAACAAAUAUAAUUAUCUAUGGCAAGAGACAACAACAACUGGCUUUCUUUCUCAGUCUCCUCCGCCGCCGCCGCCGUCGAAAUGCAGCGGCAGCAGCCUCCGCCAGAUUCCCACCAUUUCUUCUCUUCCUUCGCCGAUAACUUCUAUGCCAAUGGUUGGGCUAAUCAGAUUAAACCCCAAUCCAUGUUCGCCGGCGACGCCAUGGAUGCCCACCACCACCACCAGGUUUACCUCCCGCCGGCGACGCAAUGGAUGCCGCCGAAGCUGGAGGACUUCUUCCCCGGCGACUCAACGACGGAGACUCAAGAUUCUUCCUUGACCCACAUCCACCACCAGCCUCCACCGCCGCCGUACUUCACCGCGGCCACCGGCGGCGUCGGCGGCGGCGGCGACCACCAGGAUCUCAACACCCUCACCGUCUUCCAAGCCGCCUUCUCCUCCUCCGGCUCGGAAGUCGACGACUCAGCGUUUGCCGGUCAGACCCAGUCCCCCGUUGAGUCGGCGGCGGAGUUCGCCGCCCCUAACUCAAACGCCAUCUCCAUCGGAGUCAAUAACCACCAAAACGCCGCCGCAACCGCCAUUGUCGCCGCCGAUUCUGACGCCUGCAAGAAAACCGCCGACACUUUCGGACAACGAACCUCCAUUUACAGAGGCGUCACAAGGCAUCGAUGGACGGGACGAUAUGAAGCCCAUCUUUGGGACAACAGCUGCAGAAGAGAAGGCCAAGCAAGAAAGGGUCGUCAAGUUUACUUAGGUGGAUACGAUAAGGAAGACAAGGCAGCGCGAGCGUAUGACUUGGCCGCGCUCAAAUAUUGGGGCCCGACUGCAACUACAAACUUCCCGAUCUCUAAUUAUACUAAGGAAAUGGAGGAGAUGAAGAACGUGACGAAACAAGAAUUCAUAGCCUCGCUUAGAAGGAAAAGUAGCGGGUUUUCAAGAGGCGCAUCGAUCUAUAGGGGUGUCACAAGACAUCAUCAACAAGGUCGUUGGCAAGCAAGGAUCGGUCGCGUCGCUGGGAAUAAGGAUUUGUACCUAGGGACAUUUGCGACGGAGGAGGAAGCGGCGGAGGCUUACGACAUUGCGGCAAUCAAGUUCCGGGGGCUCAAUGCUGUCACGAAUUUCGAAAUGAGUCGAUACGACAUCGAGGCGAUCGCCAAAAGCCCGCUCCCGAUCGGAGGGACCUCGAAGCGUUUGAAGCUCUCGCUGGAGUCCGAAGAAAAUCUCCCGUUAAGUACGGUGCUCCAAACGCCGUACAAUAACAACAACGGGAGCAACAACAACAUUAGCUUCUCGAACAUCCCAUGCGGGCUGCCGUUCGAUUCGUCGUCGCCGUUCUACCACCACAACCUCUUCCACCACCUCCACUCCGGCAAUCUCGCCGGAGCCCCCGACGCAACUAACAACGGAUCGUCGCUUGGCAUAGCUCCGGCGCCAUCCCCGCCGGAGUUCUUCAUAUGGCCGCACCAGUCAUAUUGAAUUCGAUCGGCAAUCCUGUGUUCGAUUCGACUCGACUCUUUUUAUAUACUAAUGGUUUUUAACUUACCCUUAGGAUGCUUUAGUUCGCCAAAUUUCCAGAUAUUCGAUUCGACUCGACUGGCCUGACCCGUUAGGGUUUUUAGGGUUUUUAUAGGUUAGAGAAAAAGAUGAAGAUGGAAAUGGAAAUGGUGUAAGUAUGGCUUAGUUUUCUUCUCUCUCUACAACUCUCUCUCUCUCUAAUAUAUAGGACUGUUUGGGGGUAGACGACGACGAUGGCGUAUGGAUUAAUUUUCAAUAGGUUUUCCAUUGCCAUUGAAGAACUCGCAGCAGCUGCUCCUUUGCUCCUGUAAAUUAAAUCUGUCAUUUUUGAUGGAAUAUAUCAUAUCAUAUAUAUAUACAUCCAAAA